UUAAGUGUCGAGCGACGGGCACGACUGCUAACAUCGUCACUACCCCCCCGGCUAACGGCGUAUAGAUGGGGGAAUCCCCAAAUCGCCUCCGACUCCAAUUUCGCUCGCUAUCGGAGUAGCCGACGAAGUGCUUCGCCCAGAGCCAGCUUCGCAAUCGGAAAAUGUGGGACGCGGUAAUCAAGUUCGGGGCUCUAGCCAGGAAGGCGGGCCGAGCCGCGAGACGAACCCCAAGCGCCGCCGUCUCGGCUGCUACGAAGGUGGCCGAGCCUGAUAAGGUUUCGGAGGUUCCAUUUGAUAAUUUGGGCGUCGUGGGUUUGCACUCGGUUGGGCGGCUCCAUGAGGUUUCACAUAUCAAUAGUUGCAAGAUUUGUAGAAGUACAGAGCUGAAUCUCCGGAUUAUGAGACCUCACAAGCUGAAUUUGUAUAGGUUUACUCUACGUCGAACCUACCGGAGUUGUCAACUGAAGUUUCUGGAAGCCAUGCCUGUUUUGAUGGCUAUCAAAUGCAUGCUACAAGGAAGCAAGCUACAAGGAAGCAAUCACAGCAGAUCAUGGAGUUGAUUAAAAGUGGCCCAGAUGAUUUGGAAUUGCAGUUGGAUUUGAUGAAUGUAAGGCCAUCUCUCUCUUCAGCUAUACACAUAUUUCGAACCCUCAACAGUAAGAAGGUCUCUGCUUUGCGGUUCUUUCGCUGGACUGAGAACUCCUGGCCUGACUUGGGCUGUAAUCCUAACAUCUGUAGUUUGGUCAUUGAUAAUUGUGGUCGACUUGAAGAUUAUGAGACCAUGCUUCUCCUCCUGAAGGAAUUUACUUUGAAUGGAGUGUGUCUUACAGAAAAGGCUUUUACAUUCCUAAUUGUCUUAAGGUCUUCAGUAAUGGAUGCCGUGAACAAGACAAUAAAAGUCCUGAAUCAAGUCGGGGGAUCAUGUCGUAAUUCUGGGAUAUUUGCUUUGAUCGAGACGCUUAGCCGUUUGGGAUCCUUUGAGAUUGCAAAGCAUGUAAUUCAAAUUACCGAGGUAAAGGCUUCAUACUACAAUAUUAUGGCGAGGGAGAAGUGCCGUAGAUGUGAUUUUGAGGAUGUGAAAGUUAUGAUUGAUGAGAUGAGGCAAGCAGGCUUUGGGCCAAUUACUGGUAUCUAUAAUUACUUUAUUAGUAGCUUGUGUCGAAGUGGUAAACUCAGUGAAGCGCUCCAUGUGAUCGAAGAAAUGGAAGGGACGGAUUGCCCUCCCAAUGCUUUGACUUUUGAGAUACUGAUUAAUCACUACAUUAGAGAGGAGAAGAUGAAUGUUGCAACCCAGUUACUUGAUCGAAUGGCAUUGAAUGGGAUUGAACCUCGUAUUACAACACAUACUGCCUUUGUCAAGGGUUAUUUUCACCGGGAGCAACCUGAGGAAGCCUACAAAUAUGCAGUUUCCUCAUGUGUUAACAACUCAAGUAAUGAGACUUACAGCUUGCUUGCAAGGCUUCAUCUAAAGAAAGGAGACACUAUCACAGCCCAAAAGAUUCUGCUUGAAAUGAUUGAGAAGGGUUUGAAACCGAGCCUUCGAGUUCACUGGGGAGUUCUGAAAACUCUUAAGAAGGUGGGUGAGCUACGUCUGGCCCAGGAGUUGGCAAGCAGUUUCGCUAGGUUCAAGACACGGUCGAAUUCUGAGGCUGGUUAGUGACAAUAUCGGAUUUUAUUCACCCUUUCUUUAUCCCUUCUGAUUUGCUUUCUGGUGGCACAAGAAAUAUAGUUCCUUGUCUGGAGAACGCCUGAUGAUUCACAUUCAAGUGGCCAGACAGCAAUGUUUCACGAGCAAGCAACCAUGAAAGUAAGAUGAGCCAAUCAUACGAUAGGGUUGGAGCGACAUGGACAAGGGAAAGCC